AUGCCGAGAUUUCCCUUGGCGGAGCGCGGGGACCCCGCGGAGCGCGGUGACACCACGGGAGCGUCCCCGCCGGGGACCCGGCCCCGCUCCGGCCCCGCCGCGCGGCGCUGCUGCCCCCUGCGGGCCACGGCCGGGACUGCGGCUGCCGAGGGGACAGGCCUUGGCUCCCGGGAGCCGGACCGGAGUGAGCCGAGCCGGGCCGAGCAGGACCGAGCCGAGCCGAGCGGGACCGAGCAGGACCGGAGUGAGCCGAGCCGAGCCGGACCGAGCCGGACCGGACCGAGCCGAGCCGAGCCGGACCGAGCAGGACCGAGCCGGACCGGAGUGAGCCGAGCCGAGCCGAGCAGGACCGAGCCGGGCCGAGCCGAGCCGAGCCGGGCCGAGCAGGACCGGAGACCGAGCCGAGCCGGACCAAGCAGGACCGAGCCGAGCCGGGCCGAGCAGGACCAGAGUGAGCCGAGCCGGACCGGACCGAGCCAGACCGAGCCGAGCCGGACCGAGCCGGACCGGAGUGAGCCGGACCGAGCCGAGCCAGACCGAGCAGGACCGAGCCGGACCGGAGUGAGCCGAGCCGGGCCGAGCCGGACCGAGCCGAACAGAGCCGAACCGAGCCGAGCCGGACCGAGCCGGACCGAGCCGGACCGAGCCGGAGUGAGCCGGGCCGAGCCGGACCGAGCCGAGCCGGACCGAGCCGAGCCGGGCCGAACCGAGCCGAGCCGGACCGAGCCGAGCCGGACUGAGCCGAACCGAGCCAGACCGAGCCGGACCGGACCGGACUGA